GGCUAGCUUCUCAGAGGAAGCAAUGGAUAGCUACAUGUACCCAGCUUACAAUCCUUAUUCGUAUAGGUACCUGACCCCUAAGAAUAAAGGGAUGAGCUGGCGACAGAAGAACUAUUUGGCCAGUUACGGAGACACUGGGGACUACUAUGACAACUAUCAGAGGGCUCAGCUGAAGGCCAUCUUGUCUCAGGUGAACCCUAACCUCACACCGAGGCUGCGCAAAGCAAAUACAAGGGAUGUGGGGGUGCAGGUAAAUCCAAGGCAGGAUGCAUCAGUCCAGUGCUCCUUGGGGCCCAGAACGUUACUCAGAAGGAGACCUGGGGCCUUUAGAAAGCCUCAACAGACUCCAUCAGAGCAAGGGAGUCCUGCCUCCCCCACAAAGACUGUGAGAUUCCCCAGGACUGUUGCUGUGUAUUCGCCAGUGGCUGCUGGAAGGCUGGCUCCAUUUCAGGAUAGAGGGGAAAAUCUGGCAGAGAAAGCUGAGGGUGAGGCAAUGAGAAGCAAAGACUCCAGAGGAGAAGGUGGGAGACCAGAAGGAAAGCAAGGGGAUGGGGGCAUCAGUGAGACUAAGAUGGACAAAGCAGACAAGGAGGAAGCUGCCCCUGGUCAGACAAGGCCCAAGUUCCAGUUUCUAGAACAGAAAUAUGGUUAUUACCACUGUAAGGACUGCAACAUCCGAUGGGAGAGCGCCUACGUGUGGUGUGUGCAGGGCACAAAUAAGGUGUACUUCAAGCAGUUCUGUAGGACAUGUCAGAAAUCCUAUAAUCCCUACCGUGUGGAAGACAUCAUGUGUCAGAGCUGCAAGCAGACCAGAUGCAUGUGUCCAGUAAAACUGCGCCACGUAGACCCCAAGAGGCCUCACCGCCAGGAUUUGUGUGGGAGAUGCAAAGGCAAACGGCUCUCGUGUGACAGCACCUUUAGCUUCAAGUAUAUCAUUUAGUUUUGUGUGUAUUCGUACAUUUCUAGCCAGCUUUCAUUCAUUAAUUUAGCCAGGAAAGUGCUUUAUUUAUGUUUUUCUUUUUGGAGGAGACUGGGAAAGAACUGUCCAUGCAACACUGCAGUGCUCGCUUUCUUGUACUGAAUAAACAAUCAGGAAUUCAGGAAAU